CCUCUUUCUCUACUUCUUCUCUUCAGUCUCUUUUCUUUUCCUUCAACCCCUCCCAUCGGCAUUAUCGUUACGAGCCAUGGUCACGACUCCCUUGCUCCCGCAACAUGAUCGCAAAGAGAAAAAGUUCCCGGUUUCGCCACAGCAGCUAUGCGAUCUCAUAGAUUUCAAAGACGCAUCCCUAUUAGCCGAUCUGGGAGGAACCCGUGGCAUAUGCCAAAGUCUACAGGUCGACCCAACCAUGGGGCUGAUGACCGAUGAAUCAUUCAAUCCAUGUUAUGGUGUUGUCCAACAACAUGAUACGCAUGGAUCUUUUCAGGAGCGUAAACACAUCUUUGGCAGGAACGAGAUCCCAGAAGCGCCUAAAAAGACGAUCUUUUCGUUAAUUUGGGCAGCCUAUAAUGAUCAGACUCUCAUCAUGCUAUCGAUAGCAUCCUUGGUUUCGCUGGCUGUGGGAACCUGGGAAGACAACUCUAUUAAUCACCCAGCAGACGAGCCCAAAGUUGGAUGGGUCGACGGUGUGGCGAUUAUUGUAGCAGUCGCAGUUGUUGUGAUAACCAACGCUAUCAACGACUAUGAAAAGGAAAAACAGUUUCGCAAGCUGAAUGCCAAAAAAGAAGAUCGCCCCGUCAAGGUUUUACGUGGAGGCAUAGCGCAACAAGUACACAUUCGUCAAGUGGUCGUGGGCGAUGUGAUGUUUUUAGAGCCAGGCGACAUGGUCACGGUAGACUGUGUUUACAUUGAAGGCCAUAAUCUGAGAUGCGACGAAUCCACAGCUACAGGCGAGUCCAAACCAGUAAAGAAAUACACCGAUCAACAUGGCGACUGCAUCAUCUUUAGCGGAUCUAAAGUCAUCCAAGGUGUAGCAAAAGUAGUAGUGAUUGCUGUCGGCGUAAAUUCCUUUUAUGGCAGGGCCAUGACCCUGAUGCGCGAUGCGCAGGAUGAAAAUACGCCAUUGCAAUUAAAACUGAACAUACUAGCGGACCAGAUCGCAAAGUUUGGGUUUGCUGCAGCAGGUCUCAUGUUUGGCGUUCUGCUGUUGAAGCUAUUUGUCGUCAGCGUAAUACAUCAUCAUUGGAUUUCGACCCGUGAACUCUUUUCCGAUCUGAUCGGGAUCAUCAUCCAGGCCAUUACUGUCAUUGUUGUUGCUGUACCUGAAGGCUUACCGAUGGCGGUGACUUUAGCAUUGGCGUUUGCUACUACAGAAAUGCUCAAGGAUAAUAACCUCGUUCGCCAUUUAUCCGCGUGUGAGACCAUGGGCAAUGCCACAGCCGUCUGCUCCGACAAAACAGGUACACUGACAGAGAACAGGAUGACGAUUGUCAGCGCUGGUAUCGCCGAAAUCCAAUUCACGCAGUUGGCUGAUAUUGGCCAAUGGCGAUACAAGGUCCAUCCACUUGCACUCGAUCUUGCUGUUGAAGCCAUGGCCGUCAACUCGACUGCCUUUGAGGGGAAAGGCCCCGAUGGCAACCUCAAGUUUGUUGGAUCCACAACAGAAUGCGCCAUGAUUGAAUUUACCCAAAAGCUUGGCUUUUCGUAUCAGCAUAUCCGAUCGUCCAGCAAUGUGGUAUCCGUACACCCUUUUAGCUCAGAAGCUAAAAGCAUGACCACGAUCAUUCAAAUUCGGGAAAAUAACGCACGAUCACCCGGCCGGCAUGGUGAAUAUCGACAAUAUACCAAGGGUGCAGCUGAAACAAUCCUUAGACAUUGCACACACUUUAUGGAUAAUCGGGGACGAGUACGGCCGUUCAGUAACUAUGCACGGAGUCAUCAUGAGGUAUUGAUAAACCAAUAUGCGGAACGAUCUCUACGUACAUUAGCGCUAGCGUAUCGGGACAUUGACCAGUCCACAUACCGAUCUUUCAACCCGGAUGAUGCACCCUUGGAAAAUCUGAUUCUCCUCGGCGUCGUUGGAAUCCAGGAUCGGUUGCGGCCCGGCGUCGUCGAGUCCGUCCAGGCUUUCAGACGCGCAGGUGUGUUUAUUCGCAUGAUCACCGGUGACAAUAUUGAAACAGCCAAAGCCAUCGCCAAGGAAAGUGGUAUCAUGACAGCCGGUGGGGUUGCCAUGACAGGCCCAGAAUUUCGGGCACUUAGCGAAGAAGAGCAAUUCCGUAUCAUCCCACGGCUUCAAGUUCUUGCACGCUCCUCACCUAUCGACAAAACCAUUGUCGUGGCUCGUCUCAAACAACUCAAUGAAGUGGUAGCCAUGACCGGUGACGGUACCAAUGACGGACCUGCACUGAAAUUGGCCAAUGUUGGAUUUGCCAUGGGUAUUACGGGCACUGAAGUUGCCAAGGAAGCUUCCGAUAUUAUUUUGAUGGACGACAACUUCAACUCCAUCCUGCAAGCACUGAAAUGGGGUCGCGCUGUCAACGAUGGUGUCCGCAAAUUCUUGACGUUCCAGCUCACAGUCAACAUCGCGGCUGUCGUAGUAUCCUUUGUCAGUGCUGUCGUCUCUGAAACAUCCGAAAGUAUUCUGAGCGCAGUUCAGUUGCUGUGGGUCAACAUGAUCAUGGACACUUUUGCAGCCUUAGCCUUGGCUACAGAACCAUUGACAGAAGAUCUCGUCAACCGCAAGCCGUUGUGCAAGGAUAGCAGCUUGAUCAACUGGCGUAUGAGCAGAAUGAUUUUCGGCCAAGCUAUUUUCCAGAUCGCAGUCAACUUGUUGCUCAUGUUCCACGGUCCAGUUUUGUUUGGUCUGUCGACGAGCACAGCCGACAAGCGUGUGUUGCGAACGAUGGUGUUCAAUGUUUUUGUGUUUAUGCAAGUCUUCAACGAGCUCAACUGCCGAAGGAUUGAUGACAAGCUCAAUAUCAUGCGUGGUAUCAUGCGCGACUACUUGUUUCUUGCAAUCCAAGCUUUCGUCAUCGUUGGCCAAGUAUUGAUUGUCCAAUACGGCGGGCUAGCAUUCAAGACCGUUCCACUUAGUAUAACCCAAUGGAUUUGCACUGUGGCUAUCGGUUCCCUUUCGAUUCCUGCUGGAAUCCUGAUCCGUCUCCUACCACCACGGCUGUCUUUUCUCUGGAGCAAAAACAGUGACGACGAGUUCAAACACACAGUAUCGUACGCAAGAAUGCGGUGGGAAUGCGCACUUGAGCACGCCAUCAAGCAGGUCAAGAAUAACCAAGCCUUCCAAAGAUUGUUGGCAGCCACUGAGCCAUCCAACAUGGAAGUUAUGUCUCAAGUACGUCGAGCACGCACUACUGCUACUACUAUUACUAUUGCCGAAGGCCAGACUGGCAAAGUAUAAGACCUUUAUAUAAACUAGUUAUCUCUGCAUGCUCUCACAUCCAUUCUUUUUGUAUCAUACA